CCGAUCUUUCUCGAAUCAGCUUUCCCCGCAGCGGUUGCAACUCAUAUAUGAAAGCAACGGGUAUUAGUUUUGAGCUUAUAUAUCUGCAUAUCACCCGAUUACUCUCUACUUCCACGCCUCAAUAUUAUCACUCUACCAAUCCAAAGAUUUUAGACAUAUAUCAACGACAAUGCCUCCACAGAUAAUAAGUGAUAAUAAGCUAGGCUACCAGUUUCUUGCGAACCACCUUGUUGCCUUGAUCUCUGUCCCGAUCUUGCUUAUUCUAAUUAUUCAAGUAAUUCACUUAGAUCCCUUCCAAAUAUGGUGCUUUUCCUUUCUCCUCAUUUUCUUGUCAUCCCUCCGCAAUAUGUCCAAGUCUCGAACAAUUUACCUAGUCGAUUUUGCAUGUUACAAAGCGCCUGCUGAGCUCCGUGCGAGUUUUGGCACUUUCUCGAAGAUUAUAUCGAAGUCAGAACCCGAAAGUCUCGAAUUUCAACACAAAGUUUCGGAGCGGACUGGCCUAGGGGAGGAAACUUGUUUGCCGCCUGCAUUGCACCUCAUCCCACCGAAUCCUACGCUGAAAGCUUCCAGAGAAGAAGCUGAGAGGGUCAUUUUCUCCGCGAUGGACUCAUUAUUGCUCAAGUCUGGACUCAACCCUAAGGACAUAGAUAUACUUGUCGUAAACAGCACUGUUUGGUGUUCAAUUCCAUCACUCUCGUCCAUGGUCAUUAAUAAGUACAAAAUGAAGGACAGUGUUAAGAGCUUCAAUAUCUCGGGAAUGGGUUGCAGUGGUAGUCUGAUAUCGAUGAGUAUAGUCCGUGACCUUCUACAAGUUCAUCCAAAUUACAAAGCUGUUGUGAUAAGUGCAGAAAUCAUAACAACGAGUUACUACCAAGGCAAAGAAAGAUCCAUGCUUGUCCCAAAUUGUUUGUUUCGGAUGGGAGGUGCAGCCAUUUUUUUAUCAACCCGAAAGACUUUUCACAAUAUUAGGGCUAAGUACCGUCUUGUCCACCUAAUCCGGUCUCACACAACUGACGAUGACAAGUCCUAUAACUGUGUAUAUAAGAAAGAAGAUCCGGAGGGGAUUUUAGGGGUAUGGCUUUCGAAGGAUCUAAUGGCCGUAGCUGGAAAGGGCUUAAAACUGAAUUUGACAGCCCUCGUAUUUCCAACACUCGGCCCUCUUGUUCUUCCUGCAUCCGAAAAAAUAAAAUACUUCAUCAAUUUUAUUGCUCGAAAGAUGUUUAAACAUAGGUGGAGACCUUAUGUUCCUGACUUCAAACAAGCAUUUGAGCACUUUUGCAUCCAUGCAGGAGGGCGUGCUGUGAUUGAUGGGGUCCAGGACAGCCUGCAGCUAUCGAUGGAGCAAGCGGAGGCCUCAAGAUCAACUCUGCAUCGCUUUGGCAAUACGUCAUCGUCGUCGUUGUGGUACGAGAUGAGCUAUAUAGAGGCCAAGGGAAGGAUGAAGAAAGGUGAUAGGAUCUUGCAAAUUUCAUUCGGGAGUGGGUACAAGUGUAACAGCGCCGUGUGGGAAUGCACUGAAACUGUCGAAACCCCAACAGGUGAGCCAUGGAUGGACUGCAUUGAUAAGUAUCCGGCAUGUAUUCCUCAGCUGAUAAAAUCUGCAGAUUAA